ACCUUUCACCGUCAUGCUGGACUCCUCCCCUAGCUAUCCAAUGGACUUUAACUCAAUCAAGCUCUGAAACAGAAAAAGCAGAACUAAGUGAUUCAACACACAAUUUUGACAUCAGUUUGCAAUAAUGAGUGGCAAACCCCUUGUUGUGAACGUGGACAAAUGGAUUACWGAGAAUGAAAAGGCUUUUUUGCCACCGGUGUGCAACAAACURAUGCAUUCUUCUCAGCUGAACAUCAUGUUUGUUGGAGGUCCCAACAGCAGAAAGGACUACCACAUAGAGGAAGGGGAGGAGCUCUUUUACCAGAUGAAAGGGGACAUGUGUCUGAAGUUGGUUGAGAAUGGCAAACAUAAGGAUGUGUGUAUCCGUGAGGGAGAGAUGUUUCUGCUCCCAGCUCGGAUCCCCCACUCCCCCCAGAGACUGGCUAACACUGUAGGGCUGGUGGUGGAGAGGAGGAGGCUUCAGUCAGAGACAGACUGUUUAAGGUACUAUGUGGACAACACUUCAGACACCCUUUUUGAGAGAUGGUUUUACUGUGAAAACCUGGGGACCCAGCUGGUGCCUGUGAUUCAAGAGUUUUUUGCGUCGGAGCAGCACAGAACAGGCAAGCCAAACCCAGCUUCAGACAGCCUCCCUUCCCCAUGAACACCAUGCAUGUGAUGACCCCCUUCAACUUCAGAGACUGGGUGGAAAAACAGCAACCCUCCCUGGCCAGUGGACGCACCAUUGACAUGUUUGGCGCCCAGUUUGAGACAGAGACCCUCCUGUAUGGGCCCGGGCAGACAGAGGCUUGUGAACYAGAAACUGAUGUCUGGAUAUGGCAGCAGGAGGGAUGCUCCCAGGUGACUCUGGAUGGCCAAGAGUUCCCUCUAUCCACAGGAGACAGUCUACUCAUUCCWGGACACAGCCAGUACCAAUGGAGUCGGUCUGAGGGGAYCGUUUCCCUGUUUGUCGCUCAGAACCCAGAGAGGAAGCGUGCAUGACCUCUGAUGACCACACUCUCUUCUGUGACACACAAGGAAAAAGGAGGGUCAGCAAAAGAGAUUGUAUGCUCUUUUGCUACAGAGAGCAUGAUAAUAUCCCUGUCAUUAAUUACGUUGAAGAAUAACUCUCUGUAAUGAACUCAAAGAUCAGAUAUGGAGAGGUAGAGUAAAACAGGGAGUAAAACUAUUUGUUAUAGAACAUCUUCACAAACGUAAUUUAAAUAAUAAACUUGAUUGAGUUGCAGAAUA